GGGUGAAACACGACAUGAAAUUAAGUAUAGUGGUGAUGUUAGUGUGCCUGGCUGGAGCUGAGGCGAAUUUUGCACAACACUUCUUCGAUAAGAUAUUAGAACAGUUGGAAUAUGGAUGGAAUUCUUUUAUAAACUUUAUGAAGAGACCUUCCAGGUCUAGAAGAACACAUGCACCAGAAACGACUGAAACUACUGCAGACUAUUGGUGGAGCACGACAAUCUCGUCUACAAUUAUAACUAAAGCAACCACAAAUAAGAACUUACCAAAAACUGUAAAGAACUCAUUUACAACCUCGACAACGACUUCUCCGAAACCGCCCUUGGACGAAAUUGUACAGACUACGUCUCCCGAAAUGAUUCACUACUUUCAACGCAGCAGGCACCAACGGGUUCUGUUGCCGUUCUUUCCGAGACCAAAAUGGCGAAUGGACCGCUGGAACCAAAUACAAGAAAGUCCGGACAUAAUGCCAUGGAGAGAUCAAUUUCCUGGAGGCAGUGCUGGGAGACCUUUCGCUUUUGUAGACGAAGACGUGACCACGACCAAGGAGUUUGACCAGCAUGCCGACGAUGGAAUUGGAGUAAUGAUGUUUGUAUAGACUUAUAAUUAUAAGUUUACGUUUUUUUACAUACAUAUGUAUAUAUUAUAUACUAAGUCAAUGACAUAACAUAACAUAACAUACAAUCACGCCUGUAUCCCAUGAAGGGGUAGGCAGAGCAUAUGAAACUACUCAA